GGAGGUGUGGUGGUUGACACUUUCUUUUCCUCGACUCUUUGCGAUUGAGCAUUUGCGUCACCUACAGUAGGGUAUCGUUAAAUGUAUUGAAAUGGUAUGCGCCAUGGUUUCUCAUAAAUUCUAGAUAUUCUUUGUUUAUUUUUAUUUUGUAUCUCUGUCGCAAUACUUGAAGAGAUUAGCGUAGUUUAGUUGGCAUCGCAACAACUCACAAUACAGUUUAAUGCUAUAGUUACAUUCACAAUCAUCAUGCAAUGACUUCGGCAGCAAGAGUAGGAAGUGACGCUUCGAAGAGCAGAAAAGAAAAGUUUUCUGUUUCUGAAGAGGGAGAAAAUGCAAACUACAAAUUGUGCCAGCGAUGCAUACUAGCCUACAAGGGUGUCUCCCAUAAAUGAAUGAGGCCAGUGGACAUCCAGACAUCUCUAUCAGCACCGGCAACCUCUCAAUACACCAGGAAGAGGAGAUAAAGGGAAGAAGUGUUUUUUUUUUUGUCUACGUUUAGUCCAACUCCCUGACAUAUGGUUUGAUGAUUUCCAUUCAAAUAUGCAACCCCCUCUCCUAGGGUGUGUUCUGUGAACAUUCUAUUCCUUUUGUCUUCAGAUUGGGCCAGUUAAAGGGGACAUAUUUGUUGGUGGUUUGUGUGGCUGGGGGACUGUAAUGCACCUAGUACCCCAUAGCCCCCCACUUCAACCUCGCCCGUUAUUCAUGUUAGCCAUGAGUUUACCACCCCAGCAGAAACCCAACAGUAAGAGAACAGGCAAGCGCAUCUCAUUUUUCAACGACCAAGGAGUGGCGAUGAAGGAGACGUCCUCUCAGCAACAUCCAGAAGGUUCUUACUACGCCCUUGGUGCCCCAGCCUCAGGGCCUGGUCCUGGGCAGAGUGAGGCUGCAGGCACCGUCACCUCCACAACCUCCAACCCAGAGGCCGCCCAUACUGGUAUGUACCUCAACUCAGUGAUAUUCAGCCCAGAGAAAGGAGACCAGAGUCGGGGACAUUACCAACAGACUGUACCCAUGAAGUGGGUUCACCAGGACCCAGCAGCCCAACCGCAGCCUCCACAAAGAACUGGGACUGGGAACUGGACACAGGGUGUCACUAUGGCUAACUGGGGGCAGAACUUUGCGCCGUACCUAGGGGGUGUCGGUGACUCACGUUCCCAGGUCCAGAAUGCCUUUGUCAAGCAGCAGAUCCGUGAGGGGCCUUCACCACUGCAACCACAGCAGCCCCAGCCCCCUAGUAGGGCUGCAGAGAAGCAGCCACAGCAGCAGCAGGUGGUUAACCCUAACUCUCUCCCUGCUGGAGGAGAGGCCUACAGAGACAUUAGGGAUGUGGCCAAGGCUCACAGUCUAGAGUGGGAGCAGCAGCAUCAUACUUCCCAACAGCAGUCCCAGUCUCAGGCGUUCCCACAGACCCUUAAACCUGGUGCUCUAAACGCCCAGCAGCACAGCACAUCCAACCCUGGGGGCAGCUCCGUGCUUCAGCCCUUCCAGCUAGCCUUCGGCCAGCCCAAGCAGCACCUAACGGCUGGCUACUACCAGGUGUUUCAGGGGGGCAACAGGACUUUACCCAAUCUGAACUACACCCAACAACCCCCACAGCAUCCCCAACCCCCUCAGCAUCCCCAACCCCCACAGCAACCCCAACAGCAUCCCCAACCCCAACAGCAUCCCCAACCCCAACAGCAUCCCCAACCCCAACAGCAUCCCCAACCCCAACAGCAUCCCCAACUCCAGCAGCAGCUGCAACAGCAGGAGCAGCAGAAAAUACAGCAACGUCAACAGCAACAAAUAUUACAGCAACGACAACAAAUGCAACAAAAACACCAUCAGAUGAAGCAGCAAAUGGUUCAGCAGCAACAGCAGAAAAUACAACAGCAACAAAUACAACAGCAGCAAAUACAGCAACGAAUACAACAACGACGCCAAAUACAACAACAGCAAUUGCAGCCACAACCACAACAUGUACUAGAAUUUUACCCCAGCAACCAAAACCCACCUACCCACCCACAUCCUCUCUCCCAGCCGCCCGUGUUGGUGCACUCCCAGGAGACCAUUCCUCCACCAACCCCCCCAGACCUCAAGGAGACAUCCCCAGACUCUCCACACAUUCCCCCGCACAGACCCCCAGUUCCCCCACACAGAGACACAGCUCCAACCUCCCCAGCUCCAGCUGCAGCCUCGACGGUCCAGGAGACUCUCCAAGGAAGGUGGAUCACCACCAGUUGACAAC